CACCAGUCAACAAACAACGAAGAAGAACAAGCCACGCCUUUUCAUGCUAGCCGCCUAUAUUUGAAAAUAACGUCUGUUUCAGCAACAGGACGUAAAGAGAAAAGAGCUGAAAACAUCUCAGAUUGUCCAACAACAGAACACCAUGACGUCCAUCACUGAUCCAAACUCCAGUGUCAUGUUCACCAGUGCAAUGGAGAACAGCCACAACAAUCUGCUGAAAGAAUAUGGGGAGAUACUGGAUACAUCUACAGAGUUGUGUCAGUCCCACAGACAGUUUGUGAAGUCUGCUCUUGAUACAUGUUUAAAGAAAUGCAAGGAUGAUGAGAUGCUGUUUGAGACGAUAGAGACGUUCAAAAAGGAUGUUGAACAGAAGACUGUAUCAUUGAAGCAGAAACAACGUGAUAUUUCUGAGGUCGUAUCUGAGAUCCAGCAGAAGGAGAUGCAGAAAGAUGACAUCAUUCAGAAAAUCGAAAAACUUAAACGGGAACAAGCCAAGCGAAAAGAGUUGAUAGUGUCUCAAAAUAAAGCAAACAAAGACAGACUGAAAAAUCUCCAGAAAGCCAGAAUAGUCUUUCAGGAUCAUUUGGGGAUGGAGAUACGGACAAUUCUUGGCAAAACACAAUUGGUUAAAGGUGAAAAGCUGCAGUUUGUUUUCCGGAAUAUCAACCCCUCAAACCAAGACAGCGCCUACAUCGUCACAAUGGGGAUUAAGGAAGACGGAGCUUACCAGAUUGUGUCUAGUGACCCAGUGCUCGAGUGUUUGCCGGCAUUGGAACGUCGACUUCAGGAGACCAACAAUUUACCAGCAUUCCUGGCAAAUGUCAGGAAGGAGUUUAUCUCUCAGGCACGCUGCUGAGAUCAGAACGAUGGAAGGACACACGUUCCUGCUGCGCUGUGGACUUACGUAAACAAGGAGGAACCAUUGGAGAGGAAGGAUCUUUUU